AGAAGUUAUUCGCGUUGUUUCCAACAUGCACCGCCAAUGAUUUGUGCCUAGAAUAAGCGACUGAAAGACAAAGACUUCCCUUGGCACACUCUUCAACACAAACGCACCAUGGCCUCGUACGGGAUUGCCAGUAGUGGCUCUCAACACAGCAGUCCCGAUGCGCCCAAAUCAUUCAUCGAGAAGAUCAAAUCGACAAAAGGGCCGGUCGUGGGCACCGUUCUUACCAUGCCCUCGGUGAUCAUUGCUCAACUCGCCGGCCAGGCGGAUUGCGACUUUGUGAUGAUUGACAUGGAACAUGCACCCCUGCCCAUGGAAGUGGUUACACAAAUGGUUCAUGCGUACGUUCAAGUCUCUCGAGGAACGCGCUUUCCGAUCGUGCGAAUUCCCUCUCACGGUGUCGAAUGGGUGAAAUGGGCACUGGACAGCGGCGCUGCGGGGAUCAUCAUUCCAAUGGUCAACAAUGCAAGGGAAAUGAAAGCUAUACUGGAGCGUGCCGUCUAUCCACCCGCGGGACAAAGAAGCUUCGGUCCACUAUAUGCACCAUUUGGUCAUCCCGACGGACCUCAUGGAGGCAUGGGAGGCUAUUUUGAACGUGCAAAGAGAGGCGACAUCGCCAUUCUACCAAUCAUUGAGUCGAGAGAGGGACUGGAAAAUGUCGAGGAGAUCUUGGGCUUGGAGGGUGUGGCCGGAUGUUUCAUUGGUCCGGCGGAUUUGCGACUGUCUCUUGGACUGACAGCGGGAGUCGAUGGACCAGAGCCGGAAUUCCUGAAUGCGUUGAAAAGGAUUUGCGAGGUGGGCAAGAAGCUGGGCAAGGUGGUGGGCUGCAUGGGGUUGGGAGAAGGCCACGCCGGGAAGCGGACCGCAGAGGGCAUGGACUUUCUUAUGUCCGCUUUCGAUUACGGUGCCGUCGUGAGUGGUCUGGCAAACGACCUGGCUGCGGCGCGCAAAGGCAUCCAAAGCGAACUUGCGAAGUUGUAAAUGUACGGCCACCCUUAAUGCUUGGGCUGACAGAAAUCGGCAUCUACAAAUGAACUGCCCAGAAUGAUUGAUCCAUCGGCUUAGAGCUUGUGCUGUCUCAUAGGGUUGGUCGGCGUCACAU